UGGCGAUUACCAGACACUACUCAUCAAUUAUUUUAUUCUUUGGUCCGCACACACGCAUUAAGUAACGGACGGACCCGAUUGUCUGAGAUCCAUCACACUCCCUGUACUUGUGUCUCAGCUUCUUCUUCUGCUCCUCGCUUACCAAAAUCUGGAAUCCAGAUCGGGCGAUUCGCAGUCGGUGUCGUCAAUCCAAUGGCGGUAGCAGCUCGAGGCGGGCGAGGAUCGUUCGGCGGCGGCGGUCUACGCAAUAUCGUCUCGUAUCGCAUCUUUGCCUCCGCCCUGUUCACUAUUCUCUUCAUCGCCACAAUCUCCGUCCUCCUCAACACCAAUCCAGCUCCUCCAUCUCACGACUCUGUGAUCCCGAGCUCCGGCAACGCCUACAUGCAACGGACCUUCCUUGCCCUCAAAUCUGAUCCGCUCAGGACCCGACUCGACCUCAUCAACAAGCAGGCCAACGAUCACAUCACCCUCGUCAACGCCUAUGCGGCCUACGCCCGCAAGCUCAAGCUCGAUAUCUCGCGGCAGCUCCGAAUGUUCGACGAUUUGGCGCGGAAUUUCUCUGAUCUGGCGGCACGGCCUGGACGGAGGACGGCGCCGGAGGAUGAGGUGGAGGGGACGGGGGACGAGGACCUUGUGAGGCAGUUGGAGAAGGAGGUGAAGGACAGGGUGAAGAUCGCGAGGCUUAUGAUUGCUGAGUCGAAGGAGUCGUAUGAUAAUCAGAUCAAGAUUCAGAAGUUGAAAGAUACUAUUUUUUCUGUGAAUGAGUUGCUGGUGAAGGCGAAGAAGAAUGGGCAGGUUGCAAGUUUGAUUGCCGCGAAGUCUAUUCCGAAGAGUCUGCAUUGUUUGGCGAUGAGAUUGGUGGAGGAGAGAAUUGCGCAUCCAGACAAGUAUACGGAGGAAGAGGACAGUGCUGAGUUUGAGGAUCCGAGUUUGUACCAUUAUGCUAUAUUUUCGAAUAAUGUGAUUGCAGUGUCGGUGGUGGUGAAUUCUGCGGUGAAGAAUGCUCAGGAGCCAUGGAAGCAUGUUUUCCAUGUGGUAUCGGAUCGAAUGAAUGUUGCCGCCAUGAAGGUUUGGUUUAAGAUGAGGCCGGUCGGAGGAGGAGCACGUGUGGAGGUGAAAGCAGUGGAGGAUUAUGCGUUUUUAAAUUCUUCAUAUGUGCCGGUGCUUAGACAAAUGGAGUCAGCGAAUUAUGGGGAUAAUGCAAAAAUAAGGAACCCCAAGUACUCAUUGCUGAAUCACCUUCGGUUUUAUUUGCCUGAGAUGUACCCGAAGCUGCACCGCAUUUUGUUUUUGGAUGAUGAUGUGGUUGUUCAGAAGGACCUAUCAGCCUUGUGGAGGAUUGAUUUGGAUGGAAAGGUGAAUGGGGCUGUUGAGACUUGCUUCGGCUCAUUUCAUCGCUAUGCCCACUAUUUGAACUUCUCGAAUUCUGUCAUUAGGGAGAAGUUCAACCCCAAGGCUUGUGCCUGGGCAUAUGGGAUGAAUAUAUUUGAUCUUGACGCUUGGAGGCGUGAAAAAUGCACGGACCAGUAUCAUUAUUGGCAAAACUUGAAUGAGGAUGGGACGCUAUGGAAAUCGGGGAUGCUUCCGCCUGGCCUGAUCACAUUUUACUCAACAACAAAAUCAUUGGACAAAUCUUGGCAUGUACUGGGACUUGGGUACAAUCCAAGUAUUAGCAUGGAUGAGAUCAACCAUGCUGCAGUGAUUCAUUUUAAUGGAAACAUGAAACCUUGGCUUGAUAUUGCCAUUAACCAAUUUAAGAAUCUCUGGACAAAAUAUGUGGACAAUGAUAUGGAGUUUGUGCAGGUGUGCAAUUUUGGGCUCUAGAUGAGUACCUGUACCACCCCAACAACGAUGAGGUAACAGAGAAAAUGAGUUGCAGUAAUUGUUCAUUCCGGGUUACACAUUCUUUCAAGGUUUUGGAUGCCAUCAUUAGUUGUAAUUCUCAGGGCGAAGCUCAGUGGUGGUAUCAUUGUUUUGCUUUCCAUGGUAAAAAAAAACUCAUAAUUACUAUUUUUGUUGUUUACUAGUUUUUAAGUUGUCUAUUAUGAAUUGUAGCCAAUCAGCUUGGAUGAUGUAUACGCAGAAAUGAUUUUUUUUUUGUAUAAGUUUUCUCUACCAAUGAAUUUAGUGACCCGAAUGGCAAUAUCUUCUGAAAUUAUUCA